AUGAUCAAGGUGGCGGUUAUCGUUAUUGAUGUCCAGGAAGAUUUUCUCCCUCCAAACGGAACGUUAGCAGUUCCCGAUGGUCGCGAUGUGAUCUCUCCCAUCUGCAACAUCCUUAAUGCUGGAAGAUACCCGUGGCUGGCUGUGGCGAUAACCCAGGAUUGGCAUCCCGAAACCCAUUGCCUGUUUGCAUCAAAUCAUAAUGUCGAACCGUAUUCAGAACUUGAGUUCAAACAUCCUCUCGGAGAGAAAAACGGCACAACAUGUGAAGUGAAGACACAAACGCAGACAGUUUGGCCAAUCCACUGCGUACAAGGUCUGCCGGGGGCACAAGUGGAGAAACAAGUAUGGGAACAUUUUGAGCGCAUCCGCAAACAUCUUCCCUCUGCAGUUGUGAAGAAAGGCUACUUGGAGGACAGAGAGUACUAUCUGUGUUUCUGUGACUGCUGGAAAUUGCAUAGAACAGAGAUGACAGAAUUCCUUCAAGAAAAUCAAAUCACCGAUGUUGUGUUCGUGGGUCUUGCUUACGACUACUGUGUACUCCACUCGGCCACAGACUGUCUGGAAUCUGGCUUCAACACAUAUGUGAUCAAAGACUGCUGCCGCAGCGUUUUCCCAGACCGCAUUGCCCAAACAGAAAAGCAAUAUAGCGAUGCGGGUGUUCGGCUUUUUGAUGACGCUGAUAGUCUUCUUAAACAUUUCGAGGAGUGUAGUAGAAGACAUGCGGGUUAG